AUGGAUGAGCACCAACUCAGUUAUGAAGAGUUGGUGGAUCAUAUAGUCAACGACAAGCCCGUUCCUAAUAUUCUGCAUGUACCAAACGUAACGCUUUCAUCAUCUCUUAGUAAAGACUCCAAUAUGCACCAACGGCUUAAACCGUGGGAAGCGGCAAGAAUUGUGGCCACGGCGAGUGAAACUAGACCGAACCCCAAACCGCCGGCUCUGGUAGUCCCAAAAGGCGAAAUACAUCAAUCUAAAAGCUUAGAAAGCCUAUCGAAGUACUAUUCCAUCGAAACUGAGUUCGAAGAGCAGUUACAGAAGUUCUUGGGAAACAGCGAAGGUAGCUCAAAUAGUCCAGAAAAAAGAGUGUGA